GCUGCGAGCUUGAGCCUGUGUGGGGUCAUGUACCAUCUCUGAUGUAAAUCAAAAUUUAAAUAAUCUCUUUAGUAACUCAGUAAUAUCAUAUAUUUCAGAAGUGAUGAUGGGCAGUAAAUCGAGCACGAUAGCCGCUGGUGUUUGCGGCGCUUUGUUUGUCGGCUACUGCAUCUACUUCGACAGGAAGAGACGGAGUGACCCCAACUUCAAGAACAGGCUGCGAGAACGGAGGAGAAAGCAGGCAGCUGCAAAAGAAGGGACAGGACUGUCAAAGCUUCCAGACCUCAAGGAUGCUGAAGCCGUCCAGAAGUUCUUCCUUGAGGAGAUUCAGCUGGGAGAGGAGCUGUUGGCUCAAGGAGACUACGAGAACGGUGUAGAGCACCUGACCAACGCCAUUGCGGUGUGCGGCCAGCCCCAGCAGCUGCUUCAGGUGCUGCAGCAGACCCUUCCGCCGCCAGUCUUCCAGAUGCUUCUCACCAAACUGCCCACCAUCAGCCAGCGCAUCGUGAGCGCACAAGGCAGCUUGAACGAAGAUGACUUGGAAUAACUAGUAACAUCGUUGGAAAUGUCCCCUCAGAACUUUCUUCUUCGGGAACCCUGCUAUAUAGAGUAGGGUGAAGUUGCCCCUAGAUGCUGAUCUUGGAUGGUUGGUUAGUAUUGGGAAUCUGAUCCUAGAUCAGUACCUAGGAGAACAUUUCAGAAUGGAUGUCCUUUAACCCUUAUCCUGACUCGUCUAGGAAAUUAGUUCUUUUUUUUACUCACCUUGUCCUUUUCUGGGGUUUUGAGGAUAUGUUCCUUCACUUCCGUCCAAAUUAAAGGGGGAAAUAAAACCAUUGUAUUACAAUUGGUCGGAUAACUUGACCAUACAUUAUUCUGCGCUAAUGGAAACCAAUUGAAGAGAAAACGCCUGUCAGAAAAUCUGAUUUUAUUGGAUUCACAUGUGGUUAGAAGUUUUUAAGUGAUGUCUUAUCUAACUGUUGUGGUUCUGUCCCUGAAAGGUUCAGCAAAAUAAAGUGGGUGUUUGAGCAUUUCCU